UUACUCUUCUACUCUACUUUUCAUUAGUACAUUAAAACGGGUUAUUUGGUGUAAGUAAUUUCUCAAUCAAAAUUAUUAUGACUAAUAACUGAUUAAGACUCAACCCCCAAAAUAAAAUCUCCAUCAAAUCCCUCUUAUCCCCCACCUUUCCCAUUUCACAAUUAUAUUCAUCUCUCUCUCUCUCUCAAACAUGGAUGGUGAUGAAGCAGCAUGCAACACAGAGCUCCAACUAGGGCUUGGUGUGUGUGAAUAUGCUUCAAGGCAAGAGAAGAAGGAUAAUCCUUCGGUUUGCUUGGACCUAUCAUUUGCGCUUUGCCCGAAGAAGGAGGUUCCUAGUUCGGACGAUCACAUCGCAAAAGGAUCAAGUUUGAAGACGAUGGAUGAAGAUGAAGAUAGUUAUGAGAGAAGCACUGAGCACACCAAUAUAAAGGGUGUAAUCAUGAACAACAAAAACGUUGUGAGAAAGAAGCUGAGGCUCACAAAAGAGCAAUCCACCUUGCUUGAAGAGAGCUUCAAUCGGCAUAGCACCCUUAAUCUGGCCCAGAAACAGUCACUCGCUGAGCAAUUGAAUCUGAAGCCAAGACAAGUUGAAGUUUGGUUUCAGAACAGAAGAGCAAGGACAAAGUUGAAGCAAACAGAAGUAGACUGUGAGUUCUUAAAGAAAUGCUGUGAAAGUCUCAGCAUCGAGAAUCGGAGGUUGAAGCAAGAAUUGCAGGAGCUGAAAUCAUUAAACGGCAACGGGACAUCACCAUUGUACAUUCAGAUUCCAAAGGCUACAAUGCUUACAAUGUGCCCAUCUUGUGAGAAAAUGGUAACAGCUCAUCAUAAUAACCAAGCAGCUGCAAAGAAAGCAGAAGAUCUCAAUGUGGUCCGAAAGAGCAGUAAUAAAUUGCAGGGUGGCUAUGAGGGGUCCAAGUGUCCUACUAAUUAUAGAAAAGCAUAGGGCAGCUAGAAAAAAAAAGUUAAUGUUGUAUUUAUCAUUUCCUUCACAAGGAUUUAUUUGAUUUGACCCAAA